UUGGUAUCAUCUUAUAAUUUAGUGAAAUUACUUUAUAUGUGAAAAGUGAAACUCAAAAUGUCUUCUGCAAUUUUAAAUGAUAAUGACAAUCUGAGUGAUAUUGAUCCGAAUCUUUUCAAUUUAAUCUUAUUAAAUGGACCUACUGAAGAACAUUUAAGAGCUGUAAAUGAACUUUUAUCUACAUCGAAAACAAGUGGGAAAGGUUUAGAAUUAUUAAAUUAUCUUCUCAAUUAUUGUACAAUUGAUAUGAUUAGUGAUUAUGUAAUUCUUUGGCUAGACUUUUGCUUAAAAGAAUCAAGUGAAAAUGAAAACUUUACAGAGAGUAAACUAUUAUUGCUAAUUAGCAAACUUUUUGAAAUAUCAUGUAAUAACAAUGACGUAUCGAAAAAGAUAGUUUCGGAUUGUUUAUCAAAAGUAGUUGAUUUAUGCCUUAAACAAACCAAUAAUUCCUAUGAAAGUGUUAGCUGCACUAGAUGUUCUUGCAGUAAGUAUGAAGAGAUUUGGAAGUUGGUUUCCAAGUGACAAACAUCCGAUUGAAACAUAUAUAAUUUCUUUUUUGGAAAAUUCUUCGAGUUAUUGUUGAAAAAGCUGCAGUAGCUUUUUUAUUAUUGACUGCGUAUUUAGAUAACAAAAAAUGCUAUUAAAAUAAG